UAGACUAGACUAGAUCAUGACUAGAUUAUCUGUAUUCUCUAGUAUUCUAUAGUUUCUAGAUCUAGAUCUAGAGUGAUUUCCCUUAGGUUUAGAAGAUGAAAUAAUUACGACGAAAUAGACUGUAGAGCACUAACCGGUUAAGAUGGACGAAUGGGAGCAAGAAGAUUUUGAGCCUAAGGUAACGCCAGGCGCCCCUGUAACAGACAAAUGGGAAGGAGAAGAUGAAGAAGAAGACGUUAAGGAUAACUGGGAAGAUGAAGAUGAUGAAAAAAAGCCAGAUGAACCAAAGCAAGAAGAGCAUCAAAAGCCUGCAACUACAGCUUAUCAAAGGCCUAAAAAGAAACCUAUUGGCGAGAGAUUAGCAGAAAAAUCAAGAGCUAAGCAAGAAGAAGAAAAACAAGAAAAAGAAUUAACGCCAGAGGAAAAACUAGCUGAAAAAAUUAGAUUACAAAAAAUUCAAGAAGAAGCAGAUUUGAAAUUAGCAAAAGGGUUGUUUGGUGUUGAUCAUGUUGGUAUUGAUAGCAUGUACCCAGAAACAAAGGAACAGUUUGAUCAGUUUGAACAAGCUUUGAAAACAAAGAUUACAUUUUUUGAGGGUAGUAAAUUGUAUCCAGCAUUUAUUGAGAAACUCAUCAAUGACAUCACACUAACUAUGGCAGCUGAUGAUGUUAAAAAGAUAGCCAAUUCUGUGACAGUUCUGUUUCAUGAAAAGGAACGACAAAGAAAAGAGCAAGCAAAAAAUCAGAAGAAAAAGAAAGCAAAAGCCACAAUUAGAAUGGAUAAAGAUGAUAUGGGCUUGGCAGACAUGGGAGAUGGGACAUACUACGAUGAUGACGAUGAUGAUUUCAUAUAGCAUCUUUGUACAUAGUUGUUUUUUUUUUUUUUCAUUGCUAUCCUCCCUCUAUUUAAUUGACUAAUGUCUUUCCACUGUGCCUCAAUUGUUUUGAUUAGCUGAGUUUUCAGUAUCAUGACUGUAUGUCUUGUGGACUAAAUGUCAAGUAAUAUGUAUAUGCUUUUUUUUUCCCAAGUUAUUUAGAAAACCAUAACUAGUCAAAGUGAUUCCUCUCUUCUUUCAAGCUGUCAACAAUUAAGCAGACAAAGAAAACUGGCACAGUGGGAGGUUUUUGUUUUUAAUGGCUAUAUUAUUAAACUACUUGAGUAGUUUCCCUUUCGUAAUGACGAAUAAAAGAUACUGACUUGUUCUGUAUGUUUAUUUCAGUGGUAAUCACUUGCUUUCAUUGAUGUUUCAACUGACUUGUUCAUAAUUUCUUUCAUAAUAUUUAAUUAUUUUUUUUUUUUUUAGAAUAAAAUGAGGCGAUGCUAUUCUGUCAUGGAAUAUUUUAAUUUUUUUUCCCUAGUAAUAUCAAAAUAAAUCAUAUAGUUCCACAUUGUUCUUUAGGGUUUAAAAUUAGUAUAUUUUGUUUUGUUAAAGUUUUGCUUUUUUGUAUAGUUAUAUGACUUUUUCAGCAGUCCUUGUAUUGGUUUCCCAGUACGUUAAUAUUUUAUGAAAUGUUAGAAAUUGGUUUACUGAUGCAUUCUCUUUUUAAUUCAAUAUUCUUAAGUCCUUUUUGGUUAGGUUUUUUUUUGUUUUUUUUCUUAAAUCUUUAAGGAAACGGGUGCUUCUUUUCUUUAGUUCAAACAAGUGAGUAAAUUCUUGGCAUGUACAUUUGUUUUCCAAUGACUAUUUGAUUUGAUGGUGAUAUAAGCAUGUAAUGAGACACAAUAAAACUAGGCAUACAGAA